AUGGCGUCUCUGGACCGUGAAUCAGUCAAUAUCUCGGUGUCACCUCCUCAGUCAUCCUUCAGCGGUAGACUCAACAUGGAGAACUUCAGAUUCAAAGCCGAACAGCAGUCGCCACCAGCAGGACAGACACCACCCCGUCGAAGCACUCGCCUCUCACUUACGCCCAGGAAAAUAGAGAGUCCCACACGAGCCAGUCCAGCAUCAAUGGGCAACAACAGAAAGCGCAAAGCCACCGUCCUGGCAAGUGAAGACGCAGGCGUCCCAGCCCUACCAGAUGGCUCAACAGAGGCAGAGGCAGACGCAGCCGACGACUCAUCACCGUCAUCAACACCGACCCCAAGCGGCACCAAGAAGCCCAAGAAAAGGAACCGACAAAAGUCAGGCUACCAGCCCCCGAGCGUGUACGCGCACCUGCCGCCGCUCCCGGACGCCCUCGCGCCCAACAUGCACGCGCUCUUCUGCGGGCUCAACCCGGGCGUGCGCACCGCGCAGACGGGCCACGCCUACAACCACCCGAGCAACCUGUUCUGGAAGCUGAUGUUCUCGUCGGGCGUGCUGCCCGUGCGCUGUGUCGCCGAAGAGGACCGCACCCUGCCGGAGCGCUUCCGCCUCGGGCUCACUAACAUCGUGUCCCGGCCGAGCCGCAACGGCGCCGAGCUGAGCAAGGCCGAGAUGGACGCGGGCGUGGGCGCGCUCGAGGCAAAGGUGCGGGUUUGGAGGCCACUUGCGGUAGUCAUGGUUGGGAAGAGCAUAUGGGAGUCGGUGUGGAGGGUGCGGCAUGGCAGGGGCAUUGCAAAGCAUGAGUUCAAGUACGGCUGGCAGGACGAGAGUGAGAACAUGGGGGCUGGGGACGUGGGCGAUAGCGAGAGGCAGGAGGGAGUCGAGUACCGAGACGGCUGGAAGGGGGCAAGGGUGUUUGUUGCGAGCUCUACGAGUGGCCUCGCCGCGACGUUGAGUCCGGCUGAGAAGGAGAGGAUAUGGAGGGAACUGGGCCGAUGGGUCGAGGCGAGGAGGGCGGGGAGGGAUGUGCCGCCGGGCCUUGUGGACGAUAUGUCGUGA